UUCCGGCAAAUAUCUAACCGAACAUUUUCUGUUUUUUGCUGAGUUUAUUUUCAUAUAUACUUCUGUGUAUGAGUCCGCAUAACGAUUUAAGUUAUAACAUAAGGAGCACAGGUUCAACAAUUACCCGUUGUCUUUCUCAGACUUGACAAAUUAUAUGCCAACUGCGAUUUUUUUUGCUGAGAUGAAAUUGAAAAGGAAGGAGAAUGGAAAAAAGAAAGAGGAUGUCAAGUAAUCAUGGUAAUGAGUCGAGGUGUGUAGUGUCAUCAUACAGAGACACAAUUAUACAAUCAUUAUACCAACUUCAGCGUAAGAAUUGUUUUUGUGAUGUAGAAAUAACAACAAACAGUGGUACAGUUAAUGUACAUAAAGUCAUAUUAGCCAUAUGUGAAAGUCCUGCGCUUCAUGAGUCCGUAAAUGUGGCAGACAAAGUUUCAUUUUUCGGAAAAACAAAUAUCAACUGCAGCGAUUACUCGAAGGAAGUUGUUGAGUCACUUGUUCGUUAUUUAUAUACAGGGGAGAUAAACGUGGAAGAAAGGAAUGUUAAAGCAUUCACCAAGCUCUGUCAAUCAUUCCAACUGGACAAGGCUGUAGAUGCAUUUGUUAGUCACAUGAUACAACAGAACAUUUUGAAUAGUGCAAGACAAGAUGACCACCAGUUGUCUGUUUCCAUGGGUACAUGUGAUAACUUGUCAACAUUGUCAGAUGCAGCAGAUAUGGUCUCAUCAGGAACAUCGCUAGAUCUUUCAAUGAAAUCUAAUAAAUCUUUCACUACAUUGAAAAAAUCAGAAUGUGAGGAAAAGGAAUUGAAAAUAGAACAUACAGGGAAUGAAAAACCAUAUGAUCAAAGUAUGCAGGAUUCGCCCCCAUGUUUUGAUGAUGAUGAUGAUGAAAAUACAGUCGAUUUAACGGAAUAUGAUACCUUGAUGAAGAAUAAAGGACCAAAGCAGCAAGCCAUUAUAAAAGUGGACAAUCAAGAAGGGUUUGACCCUAAAGUUAACAUCUCUCAGUCAAAAACAAAUACCAAAGGCAGUGUAAAUAUGUUCUUAAUGUCACCAGAGCAUAAUCCUUAUUAUGAGGCCCCAGACACACGAACCAAGAGAUCAAGGAGAAGAAUUUCACAAUCAGCAAGUGAUGGUGCUACAGAUAAACCAACAUCCAAACCUAAAAGUAAACCUAUAACCAGGUCAAGAAAUAAAAGCUCACCAAAAACAGGGUUAAAGGCUAAGAAGAAAACAUCAAAAAAGGGAAACUUGAAGAUUAAAAGAAAGAAAAGUAAAAUUCAGGUUGUGGAACAAGAUGAGAAUGAACAUAAUGAAGAAAUUAGGGACGAUAAUGUUACAGAAACAACAGAAGAUAAUAAGAAACCCAAGAGAAAGCGGGGUGUUGUACAUCGCUGGUGCAGGAAAUGUGAUGUCAGAUUCCCAGAGAAAGAUUUGCGUAAACAUCUGAGAACCAAACAUCCCCCAUACUCCUGUAAACUGUGUGAAUGGACUGGACUUCUAAAAAGAGAGAUGGCAUUACAUAUGUAUAGUAAACAUCAGAUGUUAAUCAUGCCUGAUAAAUAUCCUCUAUUACAAUGUGACAAUGUAGGAUGUACCUUUAAAACAUUGUUUUCCUAUGCAUUAGACAGACAUAAAGAAUGCCACAAUAGAUUAGUGCGGCAUCUUUGUGACGUAUGUGGAUCAAGUUUUGCCACAGCUGGAGGUCUAAAGGAGCACUCAUUAAGACAUGCUGAUGAGAAUCCUAUAUAUAAAUGUGAUAUUUGUGAUGCUGUGUUUGGAUGGAAGUGUAAACUUAAAAGUCAUGAAAUGAAGGAGCAUGGAACCUAUCUAUUAUGUGAAAUCUGUACAUACAGGACAAAAUACAAGGAUAAAUUAACCAUGCAUCUACAUCAUGAGCAUGGACAACCAUUACCACCUAAUCAGAAAAUACACAGAUGUGAUCAAUGUGACUUUUACUCUAUCAACCGUAGUAAACUUAGAUUCCAUAAAGUUAGACACUCAGGAGAAAAGAAUCAUACGUGUGGACAGUGUGGAAAAUCUUAUCUGAACCAACAUCAGCUAAAAAACCAUAUCAAUAGUACACAUGGAGCAAGAACAUUUGACUGCCAUCUAUGUUCAUAUGUGAGCAAGAGAAAAUCAGAACUUAACAACCAUAUUAAGUCCAGACAUUCUGAGGACCGUCCAUUCACAUGCAAUCUGUGUGACUAUGCAUGUAAACUGAGAGGAAACUUACACAAACAUAUCAGACUGGUACACAAAGUAGAUGUCGUAACAAGAAACCAGUUGCAUCAAAACAUGCUUCAGACAGGGAAAGGCUAUAUGGACUUACUUCAUGCUAGGAAAACAGAUGAAAUAGUGAUUCAAGAAAAAGAAGAAAGUUCAAAACCGCAAGAAAAUCCAAAACCAUCUACUGAACCUUCUCCUAGACUAAUAAUAAGUGAAGAACCAAAUCAAAAUAGCCAAUUUCAGCAGGUUCUGGAGCCUCAAAUUAUAGAUGAUGGUUCUGUCAGAAGAAAUAUUGCAAUGUUGAUAAGAACAAAUGAAGGCUUAUUGCACAGAAAUCCUGAAAAUUUCUCUGCUCCGCUAGCUGGUAGUGUUCCUAUACCUGGUAAUGUGUAUCAGCCAGUUAAUAUGACAAGCAAUGGAAGUUUUCAACCUCCGGGUACACAAGGAUUUUCGUAGGAAAUGGUCCAAUUAUUCGUUGUUUUGACAUUAAACAAUCAUGUUGCUUCUUCUAUUAUGUUACAAGUAUUCAAAUCAACAAAACAGCAACCCUAUUACAUGAAAAAAAGAUGUAUAUAAAGCGUUAAGCUUUACAAAGUGUACAAAACUUGUAACGGAAUUUAACAGAUGAUAUUAAAGAUCCUCCAUCAACUGAAUAAUAUCUACAACAACAAAAAAACAUUAUAAAGUCUAAAAAUAACCACUUCAAAGAGGUUCUUGAUGCCUUACACAGAACCAUGUAAUUAAAUAUCGUUAAAAAAUAAACUCUUGGACUGGGACAAUUUAUCAGAAAAUACAUUGCAUUUCACUAACCAUCACUGGGACAGCUCAACAUAAAAUAUGCCUUGUGUAGUAUGCACUUUUCCUUUCAUAUCAGAUAAUAUAUAACAAAGAGUUAUAUGAGCUGCGUGGGAUAGAAAUCAACCUUAUGCAAGUACACAUUAACAUGUACCUGUAUACAACUUUGACUGAUUUUAGGAUCAUUCCAAAUGGUAAAAUACGAAAUAAAAGAUGACUGUUGGUCUGUUUUAUAUGGUUCUUAUAACAACUCAAUUUUCAAACCGUUACAAACUUUUGAUAGAGACUUAAUUUCAUUCCGAGACAGGAUAACAGAUAUAUUGAUAAUGACUUGCAUAAGGUCGAUUUCUAUCCGAUGGAGCCCAUAUAUUAAUACUGUUGAUAUUGGUCAUGUUGGUAAGAGGUUGUUUAAGUACAGUUGAUUUAUGCCUCACUCAUUUGUUAAUUUAUGCACAGAUAUAUCAUGUUAUCAUUGUUGAAAAUUGU